AAUACAUGUUUGGUUGAGCUUUGAAUGAGGAGCCAUCAUCCCGGCGGCUAGGAGGUGGAAAAUACAUUUCAAAGUAUCUCCGAAUGAAUUUAAAAUGAGCAAGCAGGCUUUUUUGACAGGUACCUCGGUGACUGUUGAGCGCCAGUUUAUCUCCGUGUUGGGUUUCUUUGGAUGUACUCCUCUUCAGUCCCUAUGUUUUGUUUGACUGAUAUUAUCCAAGAUUUCUGAAGACCAGUGCCUUAGUUCUGAUCAAACAUUACUCAAAAAGACAUACGUACAUAGUGUGAGUUCAGACUAGUCAACUGUAUCACUCCCCCAACCACUCUUUUCCACCUCACGACAGAUUAACAGGGGCAUCAGAACACUUCGCAAGCCACCAUGUCCUCCAUCCUUCCCUUCACCCCCCCUGUUGUGAAGCGACUUUUGGGAUGGAAGAAGACUCCAGCAGGGAGCGGAGGAGCAGGAGGAGGAAUUGGAGGAGUUGGGGAGCAGAAUGGAGGAGGACAGGAGGAGAAGUGGUGUGAAAAAGCCGUGAAAAGCUUGGUGAAAAAGCUUAAGAAGACAGGACAGCUGGACGAGCUAGAGAAGGCGAUCAGUACGCAGAACAAUAACACGAAGUGUGUCACCAUACCCAGCAAUUGCUCAGACCUUUGGGGUCUAGGCUCAGGCCACAUGAUAGAGCAGUGGGACUCGGCAGGCAUGUUCGGAUACCCUGACCACAGCAGGUCACUGGAUGGCCGUCUUCAGGUGUCUCAUCGUAAGGGCUUGCCCCAUGUCAUCUACUGCCGUCUGUGGAGAUGGCCUGACCUUCACAGCCACCAUGAGCUGAGGGCCAUUGACACCUGCCAGUAUGCAUUCAACCUUAAAAAGGAUGAAGUGUGUGUCAAUCCCUACCAUUAUCAGAGAGUGGAGACACCUGUGCUGCCUCCAGUGUUGGUGCCACGCCACACAGAGAUUCUGACAGAGCUUCCCCCUCUAGAUGACUUUACAAACUCCAUUCCUGAAAACACCAACUUCCCUGCAGGCAUAGACCCUCCUAAUAACUAUAUACCAGACACUCCUCCGCCUGGUUACAUGAGUGAAGAUGGAGAAACCAGUGACCAGCAGAUGAAUCAAAGUAUGGAAUCAGGCUCACCAGCAGAAAUGUCACCAAGCACCCUGUCGCCUGUCAGUCAUGGCCUGGACCUUCAGCCUGUCACCUAUAGUGAACCAGCAUUCUGGUGCUCUAUAGCUUACUACGAGUUAAACCAGCGUGUUGGAGAGACGUUCCAUGCUUCACAGCCAUCCCUGACUGUUGAUGGCUUCACCGAUCCCUCCAACUCUGAACGCUUCUGUUUAGGGCUUCUCAGCAAUGUUAACCGAAAUGCUACUGUGGAAAUGACAAGGAGACAUAUAGGUCGUGGCGUGAGAUUGUAUUACAUCGGAGGGGAGGUGUUUGCCGAGUGCCUCAGCGACAGUGCCAUAUUUGUCCAGAGUCCUAACUGCAAUCAACGAUAUGGCUGGCACCCUGCCACAGUCUGCAAGAUACCACCAGGUUGUAAUCUGAAGAUUUUUAACAACCAGGAGUUUGCUGCACUGCUGGCCCAGUCGGUAAAUCAGGGGUUUGAAGCAGUGUACCAACUAACCAGGAUGUGCACCAUCAGAAUGAGCUUUGUCAAGGGCUGGGGAGCAGAAUACAGGCGUCAAACAGUAACCAGCACCCCCUGUUGGAUUGAGUUGCAUCUCAAUGGCCCCCUCCAGUGGUUGGAUAAGGUGUUGACCCAAAUGGGUUCACCCUCAGUGCGCUGCUCUAGUAUGUCCUAAACAGGGUCCUGCUUUUGCAGAUGCAAAGUCAGACAUUUCAGUGUUUGAACAGUGUAUCCUAAAGGAGAGCACCAUGCAGUCUUAAGUGAUGUACAAACAACAAAACAAAAACAAGAGAAAAAAAAAAAAAAAGAUAUAUACAUACAGUGGACCUGGAGGAUGCAAGCUUGACAUCACUAAUUGACAAUAGUGGUCUGUUAAGUGAUGCCACAGUGGACCCUGUGACUCUGUUGGAUCAACUGACACGUUUUAGUUCUCAUCGACCUAAUAAGUGAGAUCAUCUUGCAAUAUCAAAAUGACAAGAGAGUGAUGUCAUAAUGGGCCAGCCUACAUCUGGGUUCUGAUCUGGAAAUCCAAAACAGGACAGAGCUUUACUGUCCUCCUCAAUGACACAGCAACACAGCUGCUUCGGGGAUUGAGCAUGUGACCUUCUACUUACUGGGCAGUCUGUCCAACUACUCAUUCAGAUCACAUCUUCACUACCUAUUCACCAUAGCACAACUUUGAUUCCAUGACAGUAUUUCCGUUUACAUGAGGCUGACUAACAAUACUACUGCCGCUCCAGGCUCAUGAUCAACCAAAGCCAACUUCACACCUUCACAUUUCGGUGACCAAACAUCCAUUCCAUUUGAUUUGGGAUGCUCUUCUCCUCUCCCAGUCAGUCCUGUGCUGUCGUUACCACUGACCUCACUAUGUUGAAAUGCAAAGUCUUCAGUUAAAGGUGUUUAAAUGCUCACACCCCAUCUUCACAUUUUUCUCAUGCGCACAAAUCAUGUACGCUUUUCUUUUGUUUUCAUAUGCCAUCACUAACCACCCAGUAUAGAUGAUUGGAAUCAAGGUUAAGGAUUUCUUAAAGCAAGUGUCUACAAUAUGUCACCCUAUACCAAACUUUGUUCUUCCCAUGCAUGCUCUUGCACCCUCUCUUACAUUCUCCUUAUUUUAUUUCUAUAAUUUAGCUUGUUUGUGAAGACGAGCUUUGUAUAGGACUUGGAGAUACACAUGCAUAAGACUAAACGCAAGGCUUCACCAUUGCUUACAUCUAACAAGAGGAAAAGAUAAACACCCAUUACAUAAGUUUCACAUUUGUGGAAAAUGCACAGGUCUCUGCACAGUGUCCAAUUAUUGACAUUUUAUCAGCAAGUAAAGUCCUGCAGUGUGGGACUUUAAUUAGCAAAGCAUCUUCUAUUCUGCACUUGCACUACCCUAAAUUAUCCAUCCUAAAAACGGUUGCCUUUAAUGUAAAAUAUAACAAGGUAUGCCUUUAAAUCAAACAUAUAGAAGUGUUAAAAAGCCCACUUGAAUUCAAGAUAAUCAUAGAAGAAAAUUCAUAUUUUAGACUAUUCACUGUAAAGAUGUGGGCCCUUUUUAAAGUGUAUGAAUUGGCUUAUUAAAAAGUGUUCAUUUGAUUUUUAAUAAAAUUUUCUUUUCCUCCUUAAAGCCAGCUUGUACCUACACUGGUAUUUGAGAGUGUUUUUAUGUAUUCAAGCUUUAAGUAUUCCACAAGCUAGUUAUUCUACAGUUAUUUUCUUUACUUGUUUCCUUUAGCUACAUUUUUGUAUUUUCCGAGUAUUUUUUACAUAUAAAUAUAUUUAAAAUCUUUAAAGCUUUCUUCCUUUUUAUUAGAAUUUAUUUUUUUUAGAACAUACCUUCAGUUUGAAAAUGAUUACAGCUUGAUGAGGGUUUCUGGUGUGUGUGUGUGUGUGUGUGUGUGUGUGUGUGUGUGUGUGUGUGUGUGUGUGUGUGUGUGUGUGUGUGUGUGUGUGUGUGUGUGUGUGUGUGUGUGUGUGUGUGUGUGUGUGUAGCAUAGGAUAUAACAUUUUCACUGAAUUUACCACUGAAAACAGAUUGUUAUUGCGCUCAAUGACUGACACAUUUUUGUAAUGAAUAUCUUUGUUUCUUCAGAAUCUAAGUAUCUGAAAUUUGGAGAAUUUCAGAACCUCUCGGCUCUUAUUGAUGUCAUCUUGCUAGUACCAGUAUUUCAUCUCAGAGAUUCGGACCAAAGAUCAGUUUAAUCUCAAUAUUUGAGUUCCACAAAUAAAGAGGAGCAGUUUAUGGUUACGUACCACAGCUAUUAGAAAAAUGAAGAUAUUUCGAUAACUAAAUAGCUGACUUUUUGGUAUUGCUCUGUAAUCCAGCUGCCUGGCAGUAGAGUAUGCAGCAGACUGUAUUAAUUUAAAUAGGUCUGAUGCUGAAAGGUGUAUUUGUGGAGCUGUUAUAAUUUUAACAGACUAGGAGAUUCCAGUAUGCAGUGAGCCAGUGCUUUCCAAAUACUAAGGCUGUUUGACUUUAGUGUGCAUGCACAUUAACAAUGAGUGUGUUUACCUGCACACAAGAUACAGAGUUGAAGUCUCAGUACUGUAAGUGCAUUCCUUCUUUUGGAUUACACUUGGGAUUUUAAGUGGGACAUGUAAAUAUAUAAUGAUAGGACUACUUCCCUCCCUAUCUUGGCUCUUGCUGUCAUAUGCCCAGUAUCCUCAUUUCGCAUUCUCUAAAUAAAACAGACAGUGGUUGUCGGUGUGCACGUAAACACAUUCCUGCUUUCUAUUUGAUCGUUCAGUGAUGUGGAUUUUUGGUGGAUUUUUUUUUUUUUUCUUCUUUAAAUUAAGGACACCAAAAUGAAAGGUUAAUGAAUGUCUGGCUUCUCACACAAUGAAGGCUGAGACAUGAAGUCCAGAAAUCCUGGUAAAUCAUACAUAUUGCAAACUGCAGAAAUGCCAGAAUUCAAUAGUCAGUUCAAUAGAUGCAUUUAAGAGCACACGAUCGAUGACAUUU